AUGCACGACUUCCUGGAUCCGGCCUCCCCUGAGAGGCCGGAACUCAGCAACAGCCAAGGUUCACAUCUUAGGAGGAUACGACCCCCUGAUCCGCAUGCCGAGGCCGCAGAGGCAAUCAGAAUACCGCUACGGCCCGAAGCUGGGGACAAGGCGCGCAGGCGGGAAUCGAGGCUGGGACUGAGGAACAUAUUUGGCCGGGGCAAAGGCGUGUCUGAUGCGGAUACAGGACCAGCUUCACCACGAGAUGCGCCCCAAAGACUCGGGGGGAUACGGGCCUCGUUGGCAGAGAUCAAUUGGCCUUACGGUUCCCAAAGUGCACCCGGACACCGAUCCGAAAUUUCGCUCUCGUCCUUCUCUAAGGUUCUACCCGCCGGCCAGGCCUUGAAGCACAAGAAAUCGGAAAGCGUUGUCCGCCAGCAGUCGAAUCCGGAGGGCAUCGCCUCUUGGGACCCUCCUCGGUUGUUUCAAGCGUACCCACAGGCCAUCAAGCAUGCCCACCUCCCUGCCUGUACCGUCCCCGCCGAAGUCGUUCUCCGGAUGCAUGCCCACAAAGGCAGCGGCUCACUCGCCGGGUUAUUGAGUCCAAGGGCAACUGAUGCGCCCGAGGACGCGAUUGGAGAGAAACCGAGGAGGGGGCACCGAAGGAAUGGGUCCGGUUCGACGUCGAGAUUCGAGUGGACGACCAAAAUCUACGUCCUCGCCACUUCGGGAUAUCUGCUGCAGUAUGCGGGCGAGGGCGCUUUCGAUCGACUCCCGGAACGAAUCCUCCAGUUGGGGAAGGAUUCGGCAGCAUUUGCAAGCGACGCUAUUCCUGGCCGUCAUUGGGUCAUCCAAGUUUCGUCUGUCGCAGAGAUGGACCGGGUUCCUGGUACCCCAACUUCUCUCCGUGCACGACUUCCUUUCCGCGUUCAAGAGCGGAGGCAAUCAUCCGCUUUUCUGAUGGUGUUUGAGAACGUCGAUGACAUGGAAGGCUGGCUUGCAACGCUGCGGCGAGAGAUCGAAACGCUCGGCGGACGGAAGAUCUUGUCAGAGACAGGGAAACCUAAGACUGGAGACGAUCAUGCGCGAUUGAGAAAUCAGUCAAGCCAAAGGACUCUAGUUACGAGAGAUCCGGAUCGAUUCUCCCGAGUCAUGACUCCUCCCGAUCAAUCAUGGAACCAGGGCCUACCGAUAAUGAGUCCCAGCCCCGAAGCCCCCGUCCGCGACCAGUCGUUCGAUGGCACAUCGACCGCGAGCUUCAUCUCACACGAAGGCAGACAACUCGACGCACUGAGAGACAGUUAUAAUCGCCUUUCAUUCAUUUCCUCGGGUCAGCGGACUAUGAUCACAUCGGUAGGGUCAUCGCCAGCGUGUUCGCCGGUCCGAGAUUCCUUUGGAGAGUUCGAUCCUAUGCCCGAGCUCCCGGAACCCGAGGACCAGUCGCAUCCGAGGCUCAGACCGAACGCGAAGGCCAUUAUUGAUCGGAGGCAGUCGCUCCAGACGAUCAAUCACGUUCUAGAGAUGGGCGUUGCCUCGGCUCAAUCCCACCGGCCGAUAUCGACGUUCUCAAACUCCGGGCAACCGGAUGCAGGUGUACAGUUGCCACCAGCGCCGCAAUCCCCACACAACUUCAACGCGCUUCAGAGUGCCAAUAAACGGCAUUCUAUUGGCAGGAAUACCUCGGGAAUGCCACCGACACAGGUGACGACAUCUUCCCUGCUUGGGCGAACUAGCACCCGGAGGCCACCACCGUCAGCCUUGUCCAUCAACCCGCGCCCAUUGUCGUUGGUUGAGGAUCACCCUUCGCCCGCCCUGUCCGCCCUUAGCCGAGCCGGAACGACAACUGAAGGCACCAGAAGCCCUCUGUCGGCUACCCCGAUCACCUCACCGAUCACCCUGCUUUCGCCGCACCGAGCCCUAAUCGAAGCGGCGAAGCGGAUUCGGGACGAGUCGAUUCGGGACUCGGGCAUUUCAACACACGAAACUCCCUCAGAGGUUGCAUUGCCUAUGGACCACCGGUCUUCCAAUGCUCCAUCGGACCGCUACUCGAAAGACUACAGCGUGGUCCCAUCGCCCGGGCUGCCGCCCCCCAGUCCCCACGACAUACCCAGGUCCAGCACGUCACUUGGUACUUACGGGGAGCCUCAACGAGGACCUCUGGCAGCUGGAAAACCGAUAACACGAGGCCGGCGGCUCAGCUCGUCUUCCCAGCAAACCGAAAGGGCCGGCCUUCUCUCUCCUCCUUCCAUCCGGCCAGACUUGACACAACGGCCCCACACGCCAACGUUAAGAUCGGUGCCGAGAUCAUCGCAGCACCUCAGGCUCGACCCGCCAUCCCAUACGGCUUAUCAGAGGCGGAGCUUGUCACAACUGGCUGCCGAAGGGCCACCACCUGCUCCCCCUCCGAGCCGCGCUCUUCCUCCCCUCCCGCCAAGGACGAAUGGCCCACCGCCAGGGUUCAUCUGA